AUGUCCCAGUUGACGAAAAACGCUGCUCGUGCCGUGGCAUAUGCUAUGGGGGAUGAUUGCUAUGCCAUUGUGGGAGGAGCUGCCUGCACCAUGCUCGGUUCGGCUCGCGUAACCAUGGACGUGGACUUUGUCGUGCCACAGGGACAAACCAAACUCGCACGGAACAAACUCCGGGAUCACUCGGCCUUCCAAGUCGAAGUCAGGACCAAUCACACCAGCUACGUUGAGGCCGGGGCGAAUACGGUAGGGAUUGAGAUUCUUGCCCCUCCAGGAAUGUUCAGAGACCAGUUCUCCGCCUCGACCCCUUACGUGCUGGUCGAUAAUGUCAGAGUGCUGAAACCGACAUUGCUUCUGAAUGCGAAGUGUGGAUCCAUUCUCGGCCGUUCCUCUGAUUUAAAGAAGAGGUCGGAUGCAGAGGACAUCAAGUUCCUUCUCUCUUACAUCAGCAGUUCGGGCAUGUCUGUGGAAUCAGAUGUUCCAAAGGCAACUGACGAGCUCAUCGCUUGGUUCAGUGGCCAGUAUGGUGGCAAGGAGCUCUUCGAAAAAGCAGGUUUCGCAGUUCCGAACAGUAUGUACCUCUUUGUCGACGUUUUCCCUUCACGAGAUUCCGCCACGAAGCUAACCUCGUCCCCUUUUCACAUCUCUUGUAACUUCUUCCGUCGUAAUCAUCUCUGA